AGGCCAGGGUAGGGCGAAGCUAGACGUUUAUCCCAAAAGAAAGAAAGAAAAAUAACAGCCGUGCUUUGCGGUCUUUUGAGGAAAUAUGAUUUGUGAGGUUUGACUACUUCUGUAUUUCAAGAUGAUUUUUCAGACAUGUGAACGGUUCAAAAUGAGUGAUAACUUUCAGAUGUGAUGAAAGUCACAGACUGCAAAGGAGGCUGAUCAUGCGUUUGUGAACUUAAUCCUUCUGGAUACAAAGGCCAUCAUAUUUACCACCACUGCACAGUUCAGGUUAAUGGAAAACCAGAUCUGUAAAACAUGCAGUUGAGUCACACGUGAGUCUGCAUGUGAACUGGAUAGAGGUUCUGUGGAGAGCCCAUGUGGAAUUAACAAACCCCAAUCUGUGGAGAGCCAGUUGCAAUCAUGUCCCUUUCGACUGUGCUUGCGAAGGCACUUUUUGACAAUGCCGCUGAAAGCCCGGAGGAGUUGGCAUUCCGUAAAGGGGAUAUCCUGAUGGUUCUUGACCAGGAGCAGGAAGGUGGACCUGGAUGGUGGCUUUGCUCCCUCCAUGGCCGGCAAGGCAUUGCCCCUGCCAACCGACUACGCCUCCUUCAAACCACUCAGACUCCCACUUCAAGCACAUGUACAGAAACCCGACAAGCUCCUAGUGUGGAUUCGGUCCAUGCAUCCCCUAGCCAGCUGAGCCACGUAAAUGGACUGAGCACUGAAGAUUCAGAUGGGGUGUAUCUCUGCCCACCCAGCUUGGCAGAUGGGGUGUACCAGAGCCCUGGGGUCGCUCCUGCCCCUGUCAGGUCUGGGGAGCUAUGCCACUCUGAUGAAGGGAGGCCACGAUCACACUCUAGUUCUGGAACCAGGCCUCAUACGGACUGGGGGGAUAUGAGUGUGUCAGGGCGACCUCGCUCACCCUCUCUUAGAGGACGAGGUGGCGAGUCAGGGGCACUCUACCAGACACCCACCUCACCUGCACCACUGGCGGCACAACACAGAUCACAGGAUGCACUGGCAUCAGAUUCGAUGUAUCUGACUCCAAGUGCCGUUCCCAGGUCUGCAGCAGAAACAGCAGGGGAAGCAAGGUACUUGACUCCGAGAGAUGCAGGGGCAGGGCAUUCUGAUGGAUGCUACUUGGUGCCUAGGCCAGCUGUAACUGUGUUGACCAAUGAGAAUUUAUAUCAGACUCCUAUGAGUGGUGCCCCAGUAGCAGGACAGUGUGUACCAGGAAUGACUUCAAGACUUACAGAUGGGAUUACACCCAAAAGCAGCCCAUCUUCUCAAUGUAAGACUGGCCAGGACACCCCAGGGAUGUACCAAACCCCUACUCCACCUGGGGGGGCCAUAUCAAGGACUCCUCAGGCUGAGCGAAAACACCCCUCUGGAACUGUAGGAGUCUCCACUGUCUUAACACCAGGACAGAACCUUAAGCAAAUACCUCCCUCUGCCAGAGGAUCUCCAAAGCCGCAGGGUACACAUUUAACUCCUGUUGGUGGAGGAAAACUGCCCCAGGCUGGCAUGAGAGAAUCCCCUCUACUCACAAGAACAGGGAAGUCUGGAGUACCAGGGUCUCCAAACUUUGGUCGCAAACCCCCUGCCCCAGCACCACCAGUUAGAAGUGUAACCAGGAAGGAUUUAAUUAAUUCUAGCCCAAUUCCAGCCACCAAACCUGGUCACCAUGCAAACCUUGCACCCCCACAGACAAGCAUGCUGGAAGUGGAGAGACAAGGAUGUAAAAAUGGACAAGCACAAAUGGGCGAGAUGAAAAAUAACACAGUGACCAAGAAGGAGUGUGCAAAUUCUCAUGAUGAGAAACUCAGUGAUGAGGUAUAUGAUACGCCUACCACCAAAAGUUGGCAACAUCCAGUUCCUACAGUGCCUUCUGAGGAGGAUGAUGAUGGGAUCUAUAACACCCCUCGUACUGUACCCCAACACACCGACCAGGCCUCUGAGAUAUAUGAUGUUCCCACUCUGGCCCUAAAUUCCUCUUCAGACCAUCAGCAACAAACAUACAGUAUUCCAGGAUCACCUGCUGUGGGUGAAGAUGCAGAGGAGGAGGAUGUAUACAGUGUUCCCAGUCUCCCUGGCUUACCCUUGGAGGCAAGCGAGAUGCCGGAAUUAACUGCAGAAACUGCUGUAAACGGACGGGCCUAUUCCAUUUCCAGCCCCAGAAAGCAAGACUCAACCUCUGAAGGUGUAUCAGAACCAGACAGAGGCAUCUACGACAUGCCUGCCCUCACUCUGGAAAUCCCAACAUGCCGUUUGUCUGUAUCAAGCACCAGCUCUGCAGACAUCCAGUGGAAAGCCUCUCUUUUUGCUCUUGUUCAGUCUGCACUGGCCUCCGCCUCUCUCUCUACCACCCCUUCCAGAGACCUGGCUGCUGCAUUAGCUGAGAUCCUUUCUGUCUGGAAGGCCGGCCAUGUCGGUGAUGUUUCUCCAGUUCUCCAGCAGGCCUGGUCCCGUCUAUCAGACCUACUUCCUGCCCUCUCAGUGUGCGGCACUGCCUCUCCAGCCGACGGUCUACUCACGAUGGUGCGCUGUGCUCUUGAAGACUCCACCUCACUUUUACAGAGUCAGACACGGCCCCGCCUGCCUUCCCAGGAGUCUCUGUCCCGGAGACCUCUGCCUGCUUUACCAGUGGCAGAGGUCAAACCGAUUGCAGGGGACAUGGGCUCACGGAAGGGCAGCUGGAUCCAGGAACGACCACUUCCGCCUCCUCCACCAGCAGCCUUCCCACUGCACCCAACACCAGUCUGUUUAGCCCCUACCAUGGGAAGGGUGGAGGAUGAGGAACAAGGGAACGAGUAUGCAGGAAUCGGCCUAACUCCUACACCACCGCCUUCAUAUCCUGUAGGUGACAGUGUGGGCUACGUCAAACUGCAGGGAAAGCCUGAGCCUCCACCAGAUACCCAAACAGAGCACAGUUCUUCACCGCUUAUCACCACAACUGAUAAUAAAUUAAGUCCCCCUGCCCCUGUCCCGGUCUCUCUGACUCUGGAGGAUUCAGAGCUUCUCUCGUUUUACUCAUCCCAAAGUCUCUCUCAUCUUUCUUGCCUGGCUGAUGCCAUCGACUCCCUGUUCACAAGCGUCCAAGGAAACCAGCCACCUCGAGUCUUUGUUUCCAGAGGGAAGAGUCUCAUUGUAACUGCACACAAACUUGUCUUCAUUGGGGAUACACUUGGACGCCUUCUCAGCUCUUCAGACCUCAGGGCAAAGGUCACCACUUCAAGCGGACGCCUCUGUCAAGCUCUAAAGGCUGUUGUUGUGGCAACCAAGGGAGCAGCCCAGAAUUAUCCUUCAGUUCCUGCUACUCAAGAAAUGGUGGACAGAGUAGCUGAUCUAUCGCAGCAUGCUGCUGGAUUCUCUGGGCUUUUGCAGCGAUUAGCUGAGAUUUCUUGAUGCCAUUUGUGUUUUUUUAUAACCUUUGUUUAUCACAGUGAAAUGCUCAGUUAUUUUUAUUUUAUAUAUAUUUCUUUACUGAUUAUGUUUGAGAAUGUAUCAUAUGUGUGUCACUGCUUGUAUCGGUUCAGCAGUGAUAAAAUGCUAAUUCAUUGUUCAAAACAGCUUUUGGGUAUGUGUUGGAGUGUAUCUGCUUGUUGGUGUGGGUUUUGACACUAGAUUUUUUUUCCCUUUUUUCAUAUUUUUUGUGGUGCUAAGCACACUUAAAAUAUUUUAAUAACUUAUUUGUGGAUGUUUGGUUUGAAGAUGUUUGUAACCUCAGGCACAUUUUCUAAAAGCUUUAUUUUGUCCCCAUAUCCUGUGAACUCAUCAUAGUUUUAUUUAAAGGUAAAAGUGAUCCUUGGAAGAGAAAGUCUCCACUCGAAACUGAAAAUUCUCCCAUCAUUUACUCAUCCUCAUGCCAUCCAAUGUGUACACAAAUGAAGAUUUUUAAAAUAAUAUCUCAGCUCUGUUGGUCCUCACAAUGCAAGUGAAUGGUGACCAACAUUUUGAAGCUCCAAAAAGCACAUAAAGGGAGCAUAAAAGUAAUAAUUGUCUUCUGAAGCGAUCUAGUUGGUUUUGGGUGAGAACAGACCAAAAUAUAACUUUUUCACUUUUCAUCUUGACAUCAGCGGUCUCCUUGGCGAUCAUGAUUUCAUGCUCGAUUACACUUCCUAGCCCAAUCUAGCGCUCUGCGAAAGUGUAAAGCACCAGGAAGUGUAAACCAGCUUGAAAUAAUGAUUGUUCCUAGAGACUGCAGUGGCAAGAUGUAAUUCUGUUGUAAGUGGCAAUUCUGUUCUCACCCUAAACCAACAGGAUCGCUUCAGAAGACAUUGAUUAAAAACGGCAUGAAGGUGAGUAAAUGAUGAGAGAAUUUUCAUUUUUGGGUGAACUAUUCCUUUUAGUUGGUUUUAAACCAAGAUAAAGAGUGUGUGUGCCCUCUUGUAAACUGAUUACCUGAUUAUUCUAUUUGUUUGUAAAUGUGAAAUGGCCUUGGUGAUAUAGAGAUUGAUGAAGCAACUGAUUGGACAGCCCUGGAGAUUGACGUUCUGCUACAAAUGUAACCGAAACCACAGGGCCAUUUGGUCAAAUAAGGCUAUACCACAUAUAGUGCAGUUACAGAAGAAGGAAUGCUUGAUUAUGUAAACAAACGUGAAAAAACAGGACUUCUUGAAUGAGAGAUUUAAUAAUUUAUUGAAAAUUUUGGAGAGAGAAAUUGGAUCGAGUUCUUUCCCACGAUGCUGAUUCAGAGAUAAACCUGUCUGUCAGGUCCAUUCCUAUUUUCACUCACAGUUUUUCUUCUCGUAAUUCUCACACUCCCACCAUCAGAUUCUGCCAAGUUUCUGAAAAUGUUUGAGUAACAUGUUUUGCACAAUAAUUACUACACAGGGUUUUCAUUUUUAUGUAGGCUAUGCAGCAUUCCUGAAACAGCAAUAUAUAUCUUCUUGCUUCCAUGGUGGCAUUCGAAAUGCUGGUGCAUGCAAAAAUACAAUAGUUUGAAUGUGUGGACAGGGCUGCAAACUGCUUAGUUCUAACCAAUGUGGGCUUUGUGUAUCUUCAUUGUACAGUGCAUACACAGGUUGAAACAUGCACCUGAUUCCCUCCUGUCUUGAACAAUUAAGUCAGUGUCAUAAACACCCUCUCAUGAUUACAUGUCACCCUAAUAGUCCGGAGAUCAAAGACUAUUCCGCCAUUUGCUCAAUUUGUGUUCCUUUCCUGGUCUCCAUCUGGUUAAAUCCACAUCUCUUAUUUUUAUAUUCAGGGUUUACAUGUCAGCUGCCAGGGAUAAUACUUUCAGUAUUGUUCUUGCUGUUCGACUUAGGCUAUAUUAGUUAAUAGGUUUUAUUAGUUAAAUAUUAGAUGUGUUCAUUUGUAAAAGGCAAAAAAUAAAAUAAAAAAUGUGUCGAAAGAAACCACACAAGUGAGAAACAAAUAGCUGUCUACCAAGGAACAUUUUCACCCUUUUCAUAAUCUGGGUAAUUAUGUCUGUCUUUACAGUGAUUGUUAUCCAGAAAAAUAUCUUGCAAGUUAACAGGUCAGUCUUUCUUUUAUUAGGUAUGUACUGUUUAUUUUAAAAAUACUUCUUGUCUACUCCACCUUGUAGCCUUUUAAGUUUCUAUGUAUUUUGUCAGUCCAAUGGCGUUUGAAAGAGGUGGAAUGUUUAAUUGAAUGCCUCAAGUUCUGAUGUUGGUUUAUUCUAGUGCUAGUGUGUGUGAGUUGCCUCAAAGUGCCAUCUGGUGGGCUUUAUCAGUAUUACUACAUAACCUACUUGGAUAAAAUUAAAACUAGAACUCAGAUCGCCUCAACAGGUACUUCAGAGUAUACUUUCAAACAUUUUCUGGUGGUUAGACCAAACCGCACAAUGUUUGAAGCAGCUCUCUUGUCAUUCUGUACAAAAACAAAUAUUUAUGUAUGUAUAAUCAUUGCAAUUAUGCAAUAGUCCUUUCCUUAGCAUCCUUUUCUAUUUCAAGGUUCACCUACCUUGAUAUAUUUAGUUCUUAAAUUAAGUGCUUACAGUAAUGCUUAGAUUUCAUGGCCCUAUAUAGUUAUAUUUAUUUGAUUUUGUUAAUCAAACGUCUGCAUGGCUUUAAGUUGCUUUUUAAAAGAUAUAUAAGCACAUAUAACCAGGGAUGUUUUCAUGCAAUUUUGCAUUAAUAAUUCAAAGUUUGCUUUAAGAAUUGCUAUCAGAAUGUACUUUUGACAUACAUUUUUGUGCUUCUUGUUUAUUUCGACAUUUUGUUUGUUAGGCGUGCUCCACAGGUAAUUUGCCUAUGGGAAGUCUUUGAAACUUGUCUUCAAAAUUUCUUCAAAUACAUUUUUGUUACAGAA